UCAUUAAUUUCCAUUGUCAUCGUAAGAAAUGGCAUUUGUAGCUAAGAGUCUCUCUUUGGUCCUCUUUGUCUCUCUACUAUUCUCGUUUGCAGCUCUCACACAACAAUCUUCCAUUCAGCAGAAUGUCAGGAUACUGCAAUCUUCUGAUGAUUGUGUUUAUAUAGUAUACACCAAAACUGGGACAAAACUCGGUGCAGGAACAGAUUCAGGCAUAUCACUAGCACUUUACGAUUCAUAUGGUGAUUAUAUUAUAAUCCAAAAUCUGAAGAAAUGGGGAGGGAUAAUGGGACAAAAACACAACUACUUCGAAAAUGGUGACCUUGAUGUAUUUAGUAAUUUAGGUGGAUGUUUGAAAGGACCUGUUUGUAAAAUGACGCUUACUUCAGAUGGAAAAGGGUCAGGCAGUGAUUGGUAUGUUGAAGACCUUCAAGUUACAACCACCGGUCCCCAAAUUCCUUGCGCUCAGAAGGUUUUCACUAUUGAACAAUGGCUUGCACUUGAUACAUCGCCUUAUAAACUUAGUGUUACCAAGAAUUUGUGUAACAAUAAAACGUCUUCGGUGUCUUUGUAAUCUCUCUGAUCAAUGUGAUGUAAUCUAAUAAUAAGAAUGGUCUCAAAUGAUGAGACUCAUGAGUCAAGCAAUAUAAUAAGUGUUUGGGUUUCUUCU